AUGAAUGAAAGGAGGGGAAGGGGAUUGGUCGGAGAUGAGAGGAGUAAGGCGACUAACCUGGGGAGGCAAAGCUCGAUGGUUGCUGAGUUUCCGGGUCGAGAGGCAGGCCUGAGGGCCGACUUCUGCUGGGAGGAGCUGCAGUCGGUGGCGGCCGAUCGGAGAACAGAACAACAAACGGCGGCGACGAAAGAUCAAUUGAAGACCAACUUUAGCCCCAAAAUUUUAUCUAAUUUAUUAGGGUUCUCAUGGUGGAGGUCGAAGCCUAUAAAGAAAAUUAAUCGAGGUACGGAGAAGGGGAUUCGUCAGAUAGGGAACUGCCGUUAUAGAGAUAACAAUUAUCGGCGGCGAGCAUGUGGACGUUGUGACUUGAUGCUUUUUAUAAACCACUGUGGGCAGUUGGUAAAGGUUAGAAAUGAUUAUGAGUAUUAUGAAGAAGAGGUCACUUCAAGAUAUGGAUUUGACAAAGAUAGAUUUGGUUAUUUUGAUUUAUUAGAAGAAGUUCAAAAAUUAGGGUACACUAAAGGAGAGAAACUGUAUUAUAGGGCUUACAACAGUAGAAAGUAUGUUCACAUGCACAAUGAUGAGGGUGUCAUGGAAAUGCUUUCUAAGAUGGAACCUGGCUGGCAUUAUGUUCAAGUAUAUGUUGAUUCUGAUGUGCAACAAGCAGCUGAUGAUAAUGUUUGUGAGGAUAGCACAGAUGAGGAGUAUAUUGUAGAAGAAAGUUCUGAAUCAGAUGGUCUCAGUUUAGAUGAAAUAGAAAGUUGUAAAUUAGAUGCACUUGGUCAACUUAGUGGAGAAGAAUUGGACCAGCUUAUUGAUAAUUUUCAUGAGGACAACACAAAUGAGGAGUAUGUUCCAGAAGAAGAAAGUUCAGAAUCAGAUGGACUUAAUUCUAGUGAAUUAAUGAAGAAUACUUUGAAGCAAGGAGAAAAAGAGUUGAAUCCAAAAAAGUUGCAGAUGAAGAAACUGAAAAUUUCACAUUAUCUUUUGAAAAGGGGUGGGGUUCCACAAAUGAAAGUGACUUCCUGUCUCUAA